AGAUGGCAGCACAUCAUUGAUUUUGGGGGAGGGUGAAAAUUAGAAAUUAUUGAUUUUCCACAACCGCAAAAACCACCCCAAUGUCAUAAGAAAAAUCUAUAAGACACGAUUCGUUGUAACUUGUAAGCGAAGUGAAUGUAUUUGUGUUAAUUAAUUUUGAAAAACUAAGUUUUGAUUGAUAUCGGAGAAGAAAAAAGGCCUUUUUGGGGUGUACAAAUGAAAUUAACGGAAAUGGUCGAAUCUGUGGCCCAUGUUAACAUGGAACAAGAGAUGGCUGGGGCUCAAGAUACAAUUUAUUUAUGUAAUUUUCGUGUUUCCGUUGAUGGGGAAUGGCUAUGUCUCAAGGAAUUACAAGAUGUUGGGUUUAAUAUGCAAGAUUCUAUUGUUCAACCUGUUUCACCCGAAAUACCGGUUCAAUCUUUUGGUCGAGAUCCCGCAUCAAUAGAACGAAGUAACUUGGUAAACAUAAGUAAAUUAGUUGUGAAAGAACUAAUAGAGCAAUCGUUACGUUAUGGUCGCAUGUUAGAUUCUGACCACAUGCCAUUACAACAUUUUUUUAUCGUGUUAGAACACGUUUUGCGCCAUGGUUUACGCCCAAAAAAAGGUCUUUUAGGCCCAAAGAAGGAACUUUGGGAUAUUUUACAAACCGUAGAGAAGUAUGCAUCGGAAGCUCAAGAUAUAACAGCAAGCGUAAGAGAUUUACCUACGGUUAGAACACAUAUGGGGCGAGCGAGAGCUUGGUUAAGAUUGGCUUUGAUGCAAAAGAAACUCGCCGAUUACUUAAAAGUUUUAAUGGAUAAUAAAGAUGAAGCUUUGGCUGAGUAUUUCGAACCCGACGCUUUAAUGUUAAGCGAUGAAGCUAUCAUUAUAAUCGGGUUAUUGGUUGGCUUGAACGUAAUUGAUUGUAAUUUAUGCGUUAAAGAAGAAGAUUUGGAUUGUCCUCAAGGUGUAAUUGAUUUCUCGCUUUAUUUACGUUCCUCAAAUCAACAAGUUACGGAAACUAAUAACGAAGACGACGACCAAGGUGAUAAUAUGACUACCGUUUUGGAUCAAAAGAAUUAUAUUGAAGAAUUAAAUCGUCAUUUAAACGCAACCGUAACAAAUCUUCAAGCUAAAGUUGAAACUCUCACAACGACGAAUGCUUUAAUGAAGGAGGAUUUGGCUAUUGCUAAGAAUAGCUUGAUGACCUUAUUUGAGGAGAACAAACAGCUUAAAAUGGAACUGGGUAGAGAGCAACAGCAACAUCCUAAAGAUCAAGUUAUUGGGGUACAAAUCAGUAAUGUUACGGAAAAUGAUGAAAAUAAUAAGGAUGUUUCUCUUGAAAUUAAUGAGUUAAAACAACGAUUGGAGGAAGAAAGAAAAUUGAGGGGCGAAUCUGACAAGGAAUUGCAUUUACAGAUGGAUUUAAAAGCUGAAAUGGAAGUAGCUAUGAAAUUGCUUGAAAAAGACAUCCACGAGAAGCAAGAUACGAUUAUUUCGCUAAGAAGACAAUUAGAUGAUAUAAAAUUAAUUAAUUUGGAGAUGUACAAGAAAUUGCAGGAAUGCGAGGGUUCUCUUAAACAUAAGACAGAGCUCAUUGCCAAGCUUGAGGCUAAAUCGCAAGCGAUGUCUGAGUCUAUUCACACCUUAGAGGCUAAAUACCACGAAUGCGAAAACGUACGUUUAGUAUCAGAACAACGCCGUCGCGAACUCGAUCUUCAAAUGGCCCACCAAGAAGAGCAAACGACGGGAAUUGAAGACGAUCUAAAAGUUGAACGAGAAUGGCGCGUAACCCUCCAAGACUCCAUACAACACGAUAAAGAAAAAAUCGCCAAAUUACAACACGAAUUAACUCAAUUACGAUUAAUCGCGCAAAAAUACGCGGGCCUCCAAGAAGAAUAUUACACUCUUAAAGAGCAUUGUUUGGAGCAGGAACAAACUCUCGAAGAAUUAGGUAAAAAAUUAAGCGAUUCGAAAUUGGAAUUAAGCGAUUUGAGGGAAGAAUCGAGUAGGAAGAGUGAGGGGACUUGGGUUGAGGAUAAAACGGCUGUUAAAUGUAAAGCUUGUUGUAAAGAAUUUAGUGUGACGAGAAGAAAGCAUCACUGCAGAAAUUGCGGCAACAUUUUUUGCCACUCUUGUUCGGAUAACUCAAUUUCAUUACCUUCUUCUGCCAAACCCGUUCGUGUAUGCGAUUUAUGUAAUGAAAAUUUAAGCAAAAGAACGCUGUGAUUUCAUUUAUUAAAAUAAUUUUAAUUGUGGAUAAAGCUGGCAUAAGUGAUAUUUUUU